AUGGCACAAGCUAAUGAGAUCGACAGUGAGCUCAGCUGGCGUGUACUUCCAUCUCGGCUCCGAUUCGCAGAAGCAAGCGAGAUCGAGCGCAUUACCCCUGCAUCGUGCAUCAUGGAGGAUGAGCCGUUGCCCUCACCACCGGCUGUGAUCGCCCUACGGGAAUCAUUUGGUGAUCGGAAGCCGCCCGAUAUCACUCGCAAAAUUACCGCCUGUGUGGCAUGCCGGAAACAGAAGGUUAAGUGUCAUAUGCGAGACGGACAGGCUCCGUGUUCAAGGUGCAAGAAGCGAGGUCUACCCUGCACUGUCAACCGUAGCUUACAAACUCUCCUAGAAGAAGAUGUUACAUGGAAAGGCGCAGUCGUGCAAAAGAUAAAAAGACUGGAAGAAACUAUUGCAAAAAUUGCAUCGAAGGUUGAUUUAUCUGACCUUGAUCUUCAAGCACAGCCAGAGGAGCCAGAUUAUAUGAGCCCGCCUGUUGUUGAUAUGUCCAAUGCAGAGCAUCAAGCCAGCCCAGAGAAACAAUCAAGAGAGGAAAGAGAGCCAACACAAACCUGGGAGGUGAUUAUGGAUCCUCGUGGUGGUCCAGCAUCAAUCCCAGCGUCCUGUCUGUCAGAGAACAUUAGAGCGGCCUUACCAAAUAGCUUUCCGACCUCUCGAAAGCCAGACCUGAUAUCGACCGGGAUUAUCACGUUGCGAGAGGCAUUGGCGCUAUUUGAUACCUAUCAUUUACGAUUGGAUCAUUUCUUAUAUCGCAUACUGGGUGACCAUAUCAGUUUGAAUUCAGUACGAGUCGCAUCACCGUUGUUGACAGCGGCAUUAUGCACGAUUGGAGCUCUUCAUUCACCUUCCUUGGGCCACUUGUUUGAUACCUGCUUUGCAGAGUACAAAGACCUUGUGACAUCACAAGUAUUCUCCAAGAAUGCAAAUGCAGACGAUAUUAGGGGACUGUGUAUUGGUGCCUUCUGGCUGCAUGAGCUUUCAUGGGUACUUAUCGGAAAUGCUGUCCGGGUCGCCUCCGAUAUCAAUCUUCACAGUGGAAUUUACAAGGCUCUCAAAGGCGACCGAGAAGGUUACGUCCAGGCUCGACUAUACUACCUUGUCUAUGUGUGUGAUCAUCACUUUUCUGUUGCAUACGGUCGGCCUCCAAUGUCUCGCGAAGGCUUCAUCAUUGAAUCUGCCAGCAAGCUACUAGACACCGAGCAUGCAACCGAAGAUGACGCUAGACUGAUCAGUCAAGUCAAGGAGUGGUCUGUUCUAGGCAAAGUCUUUGACACAUUUGGCGUGGAUGUAGACACAGCCAUUGCCCCUGAAACAAUACCACAGCUGCGUCGAUAUUCGAUUGCCUUGGAUACGUGGUUUGCUGACUGGCAUGAGAGCUUCAGCGAGAACAGGAGAGUUGGAAACUAUCCCCAGAAGGGUGUUGGCUUUCACUUCCACUUUGCCAAACUAUACCUUUGCUCUCACGCAUUCCGCGGCGUUCCUGCCGGUGAAAAUGCCGCACAAUGCUUCUCACCCGAGUUGGAAGAAAUCGCCAAUGCUGGUGUUCUAUCCGCCAUGUCGAUUCUUCGAGUCAUUGUCUCAGACGCAGAGUUCCGAUCGUUUAUGAACGGUCUCCCUUUGUACUUUGACACAAUGCUCGCAUUCGCUGUGGUUUUCCUCCUCAAGGUGGCUACUAAAUAUGCGACCGUGAUCCGGAUCGACACUUCCAAGAUCCUUUCUCUUGUUACCCAGACGGUGGCUGCUCUGCGGGGAAUUACUCAAUCAAUGCACCGACAGCAUCUCCUCGUCGUUAUCGCAGAGGGACUUGAAAGACUCCUCGUCAGAUGCCAACUCCCAGUGCAAAUGACACAAGAGGCAGCCUAUCAUGCAUCACCAGCAAUGGAGCCUCCCCCCCCCGUUUGA